UAACAGGAAGUAUAUUGAAAACUCUAUGGCGUAAACAAUGGCAGACAUGCACUUGGCAUAGUUACCAAUCAGUGAAUAUUAAUAUAUUUGACUAUUUGAGAGAGUAUUUUGUGAUAUGGUAUUUGUAAGAUUGUACUUUGUGUUUUUUGUUGUUACUGAUUUGAGUUUAAAGAAUCUGUCAUAAUUUUACGGUAACUUUGCAAACGGUGUUUAGGGGCGUAGAGGUGUUGAACAAGUAGUGUCCUUAGUCAAAAAUGGCAAGGAACUCAGUGUGGUGUCUGGCAGACUGUUCCCGUGAGGAUCUCAAUGACGCGCUCACGAAACAGUUGGAGGAUGAUAAUAGAGUCUCAGGGCAAGGUGCUGUGAGAAUGGUUCACGACCAGACGUGAGCGGUGCGGCGGCGCGCGGCGAUGCCAGACAUGUUGGCCGCCCUGGAGGAAGAGGCGGACGUGUACGAAGUGUUCCCGCCGCACGUGGACACCACCGGCAUCUCGGUGACGGCGGACAGCCCCGCCAAGCGCUCCCCCCCCAGGCCCCUGGGCGAGGUGCUGGCACUGGCGCAGGCGGGCCGCGGGAAGGAGCUGAAGCAGGCGGUGCGCGAGAACGCGUGGCCCAUCAACAGCACGGUGCGCUCGCAGCUGUGGCCUGUGCUGUGCCGGCAGCACGCCCACGACAAGAACCUGCAGGAGGGCUUCUACUGGGACAUGGUCAACCAGCUGUUCGGCACCACCGAGAUUUCUGACAAGCCAAUUAUGUUGCCGCCAUUUGUGGAGCAGAGUCACUGCAUAGGCUAUCACCUUACUCGUAAAGGCCGUAACAUAGCAGACCGCGUGAUGAGUGUGUUGGGUUAUGCAUGCCCAGACAUCACGUACAGCCCUGCGCUCUACCCUAUCACUGCAAUCUUGCUGCACUUCAUGACAGAGGAAGAAUGCUACAACAGCAUGGCCUGUCUGAUAGCAUGCAAAGACAAGGUUUUCAUAACACAAACCAAACAGUUGCACGAGGUGACCUGGCGAACAGUCAUGUUGAUUGCCAAGAAGCACAUUAAAUCUGCAGCGGCACAUCUGACGAGGCACUGCAAAGAAUCGCGUGCUGACAGAAUAUACAGCGACUGGCUGUGGUGGAUUCUUAAAGGCCUGCCCUUCAACCACUUGGUACGUGUUAUGGAUUGCUUCCUGAAUGAGGGAAUAAAAGUUUUCUACAGAGUGUCUAUGGCUAUCCUGCUGCUUUUCCAUAAACACUCCACCCAGCAGAACUCAGAGUGGAUGAAUGAAAUCACAGCCAAUGGGAUUGAUUCAGCUCUUCUAAAAUUUUGUAAGCAGAUGCCGAUGCCUGUUCAAGAUGCUGAAGAUUCUCUGGUGAUAUGCGGGAGUUUUAAACAGAUGCAACAAACAUCUCAGGUGUCGCCGAGCAAGCUGCUCCGGACAGCGUUCAGCAUCCGCGCGCUCAGCUCGGCGUACAUCCAGCGGGUGUUCCUCAAGACGGAGAUGAUGGUGAAGAGCAAGCAGGUGGUAAGUGGGUCGCGCCAGCUCGUCAGGUCUAGAUCCACGGACAACCUGCCCACCAGCCAGUCGCAGGUCAACAUACAGAUGAUGUCACGCACCCUCACCAUCAGGGAGGGCUCUCGCUCUCCUGGCCCGCGUGUCCCCUCCAUGGGGGCUUUCCCCAUUCAUAACAUCAGGUCACAGGUCCUAGACCAGCAGGAACUGCUGGCGCUGUGGUCGUGGCUGCCCGUGAGGAUCACCAUGUACCAGCCCAUCCUGCUGUACACCACGGAGGAGCACGGCUGCAGUCUCACCACCUUCUACCUGCGUGUCGAAAUGUACGAGCCCACGCUGCUCAUGAUCAAGACCUGUUCCGGGGAGGUUUUUGGGGCGUACUGCUCAUCCCGGUGGUAUGAGCGGAACACGAAAGACGAGCACGGGAACAGGCAGGCGUAUUUCGGCACAGGCGAGACCUUCCUGUUCAGCCUGUACCCAGAGCGGGCCAAGUACCCGUGGGUGGGCAUCGACAGCUCCCAGGAGGACCCCAGCCUGAAGCACGCUGCGGAGCUCUUCAUGGCCGCCGAUUCCAAGAUGAUUACCAUCGGAGGAGGAGAUGGCCAGGCAAUUUGGAUGGACGAGAACAUAAGGUUUGGCAAGACUGACCGCUGCCUGACCUUCAACAACCCUCCCCUCUGCAACAACGGUGAUUUUGAGAUCCGGGUCCUGGAAGUGUACGGCUUUGCUGGGGCCUGAAUCGUGGCAUAUCAGCAACAUUACUUUAGUGUGCGUGGACUGUGAGGUACUCAGGUACUGGUUAUUUUGCUGUAAGUGUAGUUGUAUUCAUCCAUUGUUUUCUAGAAAUUUUAUUCCAUGAUUGUUGUUGUUGUAGCAUGCAUAUCAAGUGUUAAAUAUUUAAAAGAACAUUAACACACCUGUACUGUAGUAUGAGUGUUGUUUGACAACACUGUUGUAUCCUGUAGUCGGGAGUUUGUGAUACAACUGUAUUUUCCAAUAACUGAAAACAUUGGAUUGUUGUACUAUGUGCUGUAUAUUAUAAGGUUAAUGGAUUGAUGCUAACUAGAAGAGAAAAUCAAUAACGAGAAUUAGUAGUUUUACUUCAGUACGCAAGUUGGAUUUUUAUUCUCGUCUUGUGUAUUAGCGUUUUGUACAGCUAAUUAUUGAGUAUUAAAAAUUGUUAAAGGUGUAAGAAUCAACAAAGGGAUAAGGAACAUUACUGUUUUUUUUUUUUUACUAAUUUUUUUUGUUAAUUUCAUCAGCUUUAAUUUCUAAAUUCUUUGCAUGUUAAAUACGAAUACAGUAUUUAUUAACCUGAGUGGUUCAGCUUGAUAUUUUACUGUCCAAGUUGUUGUCACAUUGUUCCAUGACUUGAGCAUCACAUAUAUAUAAAAGUGAACAUUGCAUAAUUUUUCAUUUAAUCAAUCUUUUCUUAUAAAUAGAAUGUUCAUAAAAUAUUUGAUUUUCUGUGUUGUGGGUUAAAACACACUGUGCAUUUCAAUAUAAUAAUCCUGUCACUAGGGUUUUCAGAAAAGUUUUGUUUUGUAUUGAAUACUCUGUAUAAAGUACCAUUUCUUGGUACACUUAUCAAAUAAAUAAUGUUUAUUUUAGACUCCCAAGAAACAUUUUGGUUUUUCCAUCAGCACAGUCAUUGACGUAUGUCAUAAGGUGAUUAACGUUGGUGAGUGGUUAGCUUGUAGUGCAUGAAUGAACUGUGCUUUGAAAAAUGCUUCUAUCAUUUUUCAGACUUGCCAGUACAGAGCUGGGAUUGGUCUGGCUAAUUUAACUCGCUGCUGGGUUAUUGUGGUAAACUACAUGCCUGGGUAUGUUUACAGUCUGAUGUUGUGUAACUAAGUAUAUUUGUUGCAGAUAAUGACAAAAUGUCACAGCAGCUUGAUCAUCAGAAUUGGCUAUAGUUUCUGCAUUCACUUAAUUUUAUUUAAGUUUUUACUUUGUGUUCAUUGCCCUUGCCUGGAGAAUUAUGAGCCAGUGUUUUUACUUUUGGUAAAAUUUUACUCACUAAAUGAAAGAAAAAUUUAGUUUAAGCACCCACAACAUUCAAAUUAUUAUAAAUUGCAUGUUUAAUUUUUCACAAGUGUCUCAAUGUUGUUUUAUUGAAAAUAUUUAGUUUACUUUCAAAGAUAACCUGCAUGUGAUGCUAAAAUUUUACUCAUCUGACAUAGCUAAUAUACAUAUUUUGUUUCUUAUUUAUGUUAAGGAUUAUGUUAUGUUGUUUAUUAUUGUGAAUUAUAUUAACACUUGUGUGAGUUAUGGUGUUAUAUUUUCUGCAAACAUGGAUUAUUUUGAAAAAUAUGCAGUUUUAAAUUUUAUGCACUUCUUUCAAGACCUAAUGUUUAGUUUAAGGAAUGGUAUGACAAGGAAAAAAGUGUUUAGUAAAUGUGAUUGUGUUGUACCAUUUUAUGCAUAUUUCCAUUUGUUGUUGAGACUCAGUUACUCGUACAAACAUCGAUUUUAUAUUUUGACUGGUUAAGUAGGGAUAAGGAUAGGUAUGUCUCUAGGUGCAUGUGUAUGUGUAUUCAUGUUUAACAUACAUAUGUGUAGAGUUUAAACAAACUGAGCUUUAAUAGAAAUGCCAGAAAUUUAUUGUUGUAACAUACAACACAUGGGCCUAAAUGCAAUGGGUCAGUUUCAAUAUGAUGUUUGUUUUGAAUUACUUUGUUUUUAAUCAAAUUAUUUAUAUACUAAAUGCUUAAAUUCUGCAUGCAAAAUAUUAAAUAUUUUUAUUUGGCCACCUACGUUAUGCAAUACAUAGUUUUUAAUGACAUUUCUUGUUUUGCACAUUGCCACCCAUUCUGAAUGCUGUGCAUAUUUAUUUGUAGCAGCUAUUUGUAUGUGCUGUGUACAUUUUGUGUCUAGUCUAACGAAUCCUUGUCAUUUCUGUUGGCUUGUGUUCAUCCUACUCUGAAUUCCACUUUAUUUUUGACGUGUGUAAACUCUAUGAAAAAUACUGUACCAGUAAUGUUAGACUUUGUGUGUUGUAGUAUUUGUAUUGAAUUCUGGUAUUUGUGAUACUGUGUAGUGUGUAAUGUUAGGUCAUGUGCAUUUUGCCAAGUGCCAUGUGAAUAGUGCUUUAAUAAAUCACUCUAGUACUGCCAAAUCAUACACACAAUUCGGAAUGUAAUUCCAGUUGCAGUUUGUGUGUGUGUUUUUUUUCUUUAAUAUCCUGUGAUUAGUUAUCAUAAAAUUAGUUGUUAUUUUGUUAAUACUAUGUUGUAUAAUAUGAAUCUAGAGCUGUAAAAUAAGUGUUUAAUUUUUUCCAUUAGAUAUAUUUUUCUAAGGAAGGCACAUUUAUUAAUAAAUUAUUGUAAUGGUUAAACCAUUGAUUUACUGUGUAUUAUAAUUGUUAUGUAAUAAUUAAAGGAAAAACUAGUUUCUCUGCUGAAUUAUGUAUAUAUUUUGUUGAAAUUGUAUAUUUUAUUUUUACUCAUUCAUGUACAGUGACAAAAUAUUGUCAAUGAUGUAUCACGUAACGUAGUGACACGGAGCUAGUAGUUACCACAACUGUAACCAUUUGUACUGACUGUAUAAAAUUUUAAUAAAUGUUAUCUGUAAUUUCAACGUAUUCAGCGCUGUAAAUCUGAUUUAUAGACCAGUAAUUACUAUUACAACUGUUUAGUGACCUGCUUGUAUAAAUGAAUUAUGUCAUCAUCUUGCUAAUAAUUUUUGUGUGAUGAGAAUUGUAAAUGUUUUAAGUUUAUGGAUAAAUAAACAGCAGCACGAGUCACUUUUGACUUGAUCUGCAAUACGUACCCUA